AUGCCCACGGAAACCCACCCAGCGAGCGACAUCGACCGCGCCAUUGCGUACGUAAAGAAGACUCGCUCCCGAUACGUCUCAAAGAACGAGAUUCUCGACAUAACAAUGGCCAAUGCAGUUCUCCGCCAAGAUGGAACACCGGCAGCCUCCCGCACAGCCGCCCGCCUACUGCGCCGCAAGGAGCAACUAGUCCAACAAGUGUGGAAGGAGUUCAUCCAGCGCGGCACCACCACGACCAAGCCCCAAGCAUCACGGGACAUGUACCACCGCACACGACUGCCGGUGACGUCCGACCUGGCCAAGAUUAUUCAAGAAUUCGUCCGCCAUCGUCGUCAAGACCGACAACGCACCGUCGCCAAGGACGUUGCCCACUUUUUGCGGUCUGAAAACCGCCUGGAUUUUGAUCCGGAAUCGGAAUCCUCCACGCAAGCCGCGUACCGCUCGACACAAAGGGCGCUUGCAAAACUGGGCUACAAAAGGAGAAAGAAAAAGAGGGGCCUCGGCCUCCGCAUGUCCGAUGAUAAUAUUCAGCAUCGUGAUAUGGGGAAAACGAACUGGGAGACCUGA